AUGAGCAACUCUAUCGAAUCCAUCGUCAAGAACAACAACACUGAUCCCAAGAGUAUUUUAAAAGAAGCUUUUGCAGCUAAUGCUAAGGCCGAGAUUCAAGGCUCCUCCACUGCAUGCAUACUCUGCCAUAAUAAUGGCAUUUUGCAAAGUGUUAACGUUGGAGAUAGUGGAUUCAUUAUCUUUAGAAAUGAUAAGUUAGUUUACAGAUCAAAGACUCAGCUGGUGGAAUUCAACGUGCCUUAUCAGUUGGGAAACUCUGAGGGUUAUGAUACUCCUGACUCUGCAGGGACAAUGGAAAUCACAGUUGUUCCAAAAGAUGUUAUUGUUUUGGAAACUGAUGGGCUAUUUGAUAAUAUGUUUGUUUCGGAUAUAGAAGAUGUUUUCUAG